AUUCCUGGUGACGCCCCUGCACGUCCUUCAUACGUGGACUCAGUUGGCAGUUCACCUGCUCAGUAGUCUGAUUCUGAGGUUAUCAUGCACUGACAGGGCAGAAACAGAAGAUGGCGACAUCUCGCAGCCCUUCCACCAACAGAGGACAGUCAGCAGGCCUGAUGACAGUGAUAGCAACGACCCCUGACUGUCAGUCUGUAACACCUACAGUCAUCACAACAACAACAUCACCAACACAGUGACUGAUGUACGAGCCUCUGCAAUUCAAACAACCAUCACAGUCGCUUGAAGAAGGGAUUGUCCAAAAGGCAGCACUGACCCAAGGCUGAUACAUCAGCGUUGAGAGGGUUUUGCCCGAUGGAUCAUGGGGGCCAGUUUGAGAGGGAGGGCACAGGAAUGUCGCACAUUCAGGUGGGCGGGGCAGACCUCUUUGAUAACCUACCUAACCCUCAAGCUCUUGCUGCCCAAACUCGAAACCUCAAUGAGACAAACACAGUCGCACAAACUCAGAGUCUCUCUCCUUCGCUGCAAAAUGAUGACGGAGGAGAGUGCGGGCUCAUUCAAGAAGCCUUGCCCAGUGACAGAGGAAAGGAGGGAUACACAGGAAGGGUAAGAGAGGAAGAUGAGGAAGAAGACAUGGAUGAGGUGAUGAAGGAAGAAGAGGAAGAGGAGGAGUCAGAAGGAUCAAGCUGUCUCGUUGGCUGCCAGUCUCCGGACAUACCCAUGACAGAUUCUUCCUAUUCAGAAACAGGCAGUCUGUUGGAGACUCCAUAUCCUUUCAGCCCUGGGACCAGUCCAGAGCCUACAUCUCCUGUCAUUCCAGCAGUCAGUCCAGAAACUGCAUAUCCCAUCAGGCCAGUGGAGAUGAGCCAGAAUGAUGUCAAAGUGAACUCUCACGACUCAAACACUGACUCAGCCACCCCUGGUGCAGGGUCUGUUACAUUGGCACCUGUUAUCACCACAGGGCCUACAGAUUCUUCUACCCUAACUAAAACCUCAGUCACCCGAUCUGACAGCCCACCAGGGUCUACGUGUAUGUCAGCAAAAACUACUUGCACCACUGCAGAACGUCGUACCUCAUCCACAGAGCCCCUCUCCAGCGAUGGGCCCACAGGUCCCAUAACUACAACCUCUAUAAGUGCAACAACAGCACCUCUUACCCCUAACCUUACCACAGGGCCUACAACUACUGGUACAGAAUCUACUUCCACCACAGGACCUUUAACUUUAAAUUGGGAACACAUUAUUACCUCCACUCCAGUACCCUCCUGUUUCUCAGUCCCCUCCUGCGCCACAGGGCCUAUUUCAAGCCCUGCUUUGAUGGAAAGUCUGGAGCUUCUUGCAAAACAAGGAGAUGAACCUUACCUUCCACAGUACCUGCACCAGAUUGCUGAAGCCUUUGUCCGCCAGGAAGACUACCAGAGGGCGUUAUGGUGCAUCCAGUUAGAGAGACUCUAUCACCAGAGAGUGUUGGACAACCUGAAUUCACUCCAGGAGCAGUGGGAGGGUCAGUGUGGGCAGUCCUCCUCAAACCUGGCAACCCAACAUCUGAGCACUCUGAAGCACAUCUGCCAGACACACAGCCGACCAAGUGCUAAAGAUGCUGAGUGUGCAUCUCAGAAAGAGUUGAGGCCUACAGUUACAGAAAGUGGUGCACUGCUUCCAUGUUCCUCAGCCCCUCAGAGUGAAGACUCCUCCCAUUCUCAAACCAGCUGUCCAGUCGUACCCUCCAUUCAUUUGGCUGAUGGGCAUAAUUCCCCUGAGAUGUCAGAAAAAGGAAGGGGAGACCCAGAGAGGUUAUUACAGGGGAGGGUCUGCAGUGCCAGAGAUGAAAGAGAGUCGGAAGAGGGGACAGGAUGCACCAUUUCGAUCCUAGGAAAUGAAGUGCACCCCUCUCCAAAUGGAGAAAUGGAUCAGUCCAAGCCCGCAGAGCAGCAGGGAGGAGAUUUAGGUCUAGCACAGGAAAAGGAGGCAAAAAGGGAAGAAGAGGAGAGUGAGGUGGAGGAGGCAGCCGAAGCUUUGGAGAUGGAAGAUGAGGGAGAGGAAGAAGAAGAGGAGAAGCAGAAAUUAGGGGACUCUCCUUUUUGUCAGAGAGCUCUAUCAGUGGAGACUCUGAUCAGCGGGGCAGAGGUGGAUGUACAACAUCUGCACCAGGAAGCCAUAGCUGACGAGAGGGAGCAUGAGGAGACCCAGGAAAGUACUCACCUGGACCAGAGGGCCCAUCCGUCUCAGGAGGCUCAUAUGAAGCAACAAGAGCAGGCUGAGGAGGGCAUGGAGGAAGAAGAGGAAGAGGAAGAUUACGAAGUAGAGCAAGCUGACCUGAUCAGAGAAGCUGUCGUACUGGACAACAUGGCUAAACUCAUCACGGUAGAGGAGGUGUCUCCUGCCUCUGGUCUCAUCUCCAUACUAAAGAAGAGGAAGGUUUUUGUGGAGGAUAUGAGUGUGUCUGCUACCUCAGAGUCACUCCCUGCCAAAAGACGGGUUCGCUUCAAAGUCCCUGAUGAUGGCUACGAGCAUGAUGUUGGUGGUGGAGACUCCUGCCUGCUUCUCUUCCUGCUCUGUAUGGUAACCGUCGUGAUCAGUGUGGGAGGCACUGCCCUGUACUGCGCCCUGGGGGAUGCCCAUUCCUCAGUUUGUCAGGACUUCUCCAGAAACGCAGACUUCUACAUGGGCCAGCUGCAGCGGGGAAUAGCUCAGAUCCAACACUGGUUUGCCCCCGGCUCAUAGCAGUGAACAGUGUGUCAUCACAGUGACACUUCUGGCCUUACUGUUCGGCACUGCUGGUUCAGGCAUUGCCUGCUACUUCCCGGGACAAUGUUUUCCAAGGUAAUGUUGCCAGGCAGCUGCUACAGUCCCUGACGCUAUAUAGAGCAAGUGGCUAUUAUACUGCCUAAUUGGCUGAACGACUAUAUUGGAUCAGUUGGCAUUUGCAAGCCCUCUCUCCUGCAUUUUUAAUAUUUGAACACAAUCCAAGUUAAGACUUGAAGUUGUUGGUCAGGUGAGCCUUUACAACACCGGUCUGAAAGGGAAAACGGAACAGAGAGAUAAGAUACCUGGAGAAUGCACACAAGAAAAGGAAGAACUGACCUACACCCCUCCCACUCAAGUCCAGCUGAAAUAGGUUAUACCGUAAAUCUUUAAGUAAGGUUUAGAAAUCCUCAAGAUGAAUUUAGUGUCUUUAAGGUAGCCGCAAACAUGUUCACCAUCAGCCAGUGAUCCUCAGUCGAAAGUCACAGGUUGAUAAAUCAUUGAUGGCUGGAUACAAACCAUCAAUGACUCACACUGGAUUCAAAGACUGAACUCCCUGAGCUUAGGAUAUUUAAAAGUAAUUACACCUCUAACCUUGUGAGAUGUAGAAAUGAUACACACAUAUAAUGCACAAACGGGAAGUGGCCCAAUGGGCAUUUUACAGCCUGCAGCAUCUACUAGUGUUGCUUUUAAUGUUGACUUUUUAAAUUCUCAAAAGACAUUUUAAAACGAACAAACCACACUGUGUGGUCCUCUACUUGGAAUGAAAUCUCUGUGUCUUAAUCAACGUUUAAAUGAAUGUUUGGAGUUUAAUGUUUAUUGUUAUUUUGUUUUUAUCUGUGGGGCAUUUUUAUACUGUCAAAAAAAAAAAAGGUUAAAAGGGUUAUUUUGUUAUUCAUUAACACUGAGCUAAUGGACAAGAGUCACAUCAAACGUGUCCAAUGGGGGGAAGUUACACAUUUUCAAUGCAACAGCUGUGAUCUAAUGUUAUGCAUUGCAUUUACAGUGAGCAGUUGUUAAAGAUUGCUGUAUGAGCAGUACAGUUGUAUUCUGUGUACUGUCUGUCCCACUUUUGUGUAGCAUAAAAAAAAUGCACAGAAACACAGUACACCUCUGUACAUAGCUGCUGUCAGGUGAAUGUUGAACAUGUUGCACACAUAACAGGUACUACAUUUUUAUUUUGAAAUCAUGCAAUCGUCUCAAGCUUUCCAUGCGCUAACUAGCGGGUUGUAAACUGAAUGCAGGCUUUAUAUGAUCAGAUACAACAUUUCAAAGUUUUCAUGUUGAAUGUAAAAAGUAAAUACAAGCAUACACUAGUUAUGCACACAAAAAAAUAGUGGCUUCCUUUGCUGACUGGGUAUGGAUGUAUUCAGCAACAAAACUAAGAUUGAAUUGAAUAAAGAAAUUGCACUAAGCAUGGGAAAAACAAAAUAAUUCAGGGUACUUUAUAAUAGCAGACCUUGAUGUUGAUGGAAUCAUCUGAAGCGCUGCGUCAGUCCAGCUCUGCCUCCCUGUGUGCUUUGAUUCGUGAUCAUCAUUCACAAUUUGGGAUGAGCUAUGUUUUUUUUGUCUCCGCUUUCUCUUCUUUAAGAGUCAUUCAGUUAACAUUUGUCAUGUCUGCUCAAUGAGUUGAUAUCUGCAUAAAUCUGAGUCCUGGUUUGACAAAUAAAGAAUGAGCUGACCUUUUCAUGAGACAGGAAAGAGAGACUGUUCUGGAAAAGAAGGCUUCCGCUUUGCCUGAAAUAAGCCUUUAUUCUCACACCAGUGCUUUAACUUCAAACCAUUUUACAGUACAUCUAAGUCUUAUGUUAUUUUUAUGCUUUGUCAUCCUUUCCCUGUUUUAUUUUAACACAUUGAAUGUUUGGUAUCCUGUAAAUUAUUUUCCUUUAAUUUGGUGUUGUAGUGGAUUCUAUAAAAAAUUCCCUGGAAAAAAACACAUAUCUCACAAAGGUCUUAAUUGUGCAGAUGUAAAGAAAAAACUCAUUGAGAUUCAGGUGUCUUACCUAUGCAUUUAUUUAACAGUCUAUAACAGUUUGAGAUUACUCUAUAUUCUCUUUCUCUCAUCGUACAUCACUCACUAAAAUCAGCUUGAGAUAUGAGGUUUUUCCUGGGACGUAAGGACUUGCAGAUCAAUCCUUUGUUGUUUUUGCACACGUCCUCUGGCUGGUUCAGACGACUUUGACACAGGAAACCAUUUACUUGAUCUUCUGGAUCAUUUUUAUUAUUUAUCAUCAGACAGAUGUCUCGUUCAGGUGGUAAAGUCAGAAAAGAUGCAUCUUAUGUAUCUGUUUUUCAUUUUUCUUUGUUAAUUAUUGUCAUCAAAACAUCACUUUUUUUCUAUUUUUUUUGCCAGAUUUUAACAUAAAGUGGGAUUUCUUGUUUAAUUAAUCCUCCUAACUACUUUCAUUUGGGUCGUCAUUAUAUGUUGGUUCAUUUAUUUUAUGUUAUUGUAAUGUGCACCACUGUUCUCAAUCUGAUGAAAGGCAUUUUAUGAAUUGUUUUGAGGAAGUAUUUCACCUUGUUCUCACAGAUUCUAAUAUAAUGUUUUUUAUUUUUUGCUGUUAAAACAACUCUUUCCUGUUAUGUCUCCUGUUAAAAUCAUUGAAAACGUUUUUCUGU